AUGCCGGCAACAGUUGAUGCAGGAUGGAACCAAAAGCAGGAAGAUGGAGACGGAGUCCGAGCGAUGGAAGUCCAAGUGCCCGACUGCGACGAAGAAAACUCGAUGAGUUGCAAAGAGCGCGGAAACUGGCAUUUCAAGCGCGCAGAAUACGAAGAUGCUCUCUGCUUCUACACAAAGGCGAUCAAGCUCAACCAGGGCGGCAAAGCUGCUCUCAAUACUUUCCACAAGAACCGAGCUGCGUGCUAUAUCAAAAUGGAAGACUACGAUUCCGCAAUUAAAGAUUCCGUCGUUGCUCUUGGAUACAACCCGAACGACUCCAAAGCUCUUUUCCGAAAAGUUCAAGCGCUUGAGCUCAAAAACGACCUUGCCGGCGCCUAUGUUGAGUGCAAAAGACUCUUUCAAAUGGACAGGUCGAACAAGGCGAUUCAGCAGAUGAUCACUCGUCUCCGAGAUCGAGUUGAACUGACGCACAUUCAAGAACGAUCAACGGAAAACAAGGUCAACAAAAUGUUCGAUAUCGCCUUCGACACUAAAAACAUGGACAAGAGCAAGAAGAAGAUCGCUUUGAACAACCUGAUUUAUCUUUCCAGAGACGAAGCUGGCGCAGAAAGAAUCUUCCAAGAAGGCGGUCUCAACGCUCUCAAUGAACUCCUUCAAGACAAUGAUGAAGACUAUGCUCUCCCAGCGAUUCGUGCUCUCGACGGCGUUCUUGGAAAUCACAAGGCACGAUGCCACCAGGCUUUGUUGAUCAUUGGCCACGAACGAAUCCGUACUCUCCUAGCUUCCAACAAUGAAGAUCUUUCCAAUGCUACGAUGUCCACCGCUCACAGAAUUGUCCAAUCUCUCAAAUCUGAUGUCGAUCCGAUUGUUCGUCACAUGAACGAAUCUGUUCUCCCUGAAGUUUCCAACGAUUUGGCUAAAUUCUACAACAUGUUUAUCGACAUGAUGCUCGACCGACAAGUCUCGAAAUACGGGCGAGAUAAUGUCCUGACCCUCCUGGCUAAGAACGUUCCUCGAGACGAUGUCAAAGGAGCUACCAACGAACGAGUACUAAAAUUCAUGGAACUGAAGGGUAUCGAAAGAUUGCUCUCCCUCGCAUCUAGAACUUACAAUGUGGAGAAGUCACCAGUUCCAAUUUCUCCUAAUACUCGAUCGAACUGCGCUGUUUGCCUGGCGAAAUUCUACGAUGACAUGGGUGGUGAUCAGGCUCGACUUGAAUACACCACUAGAGCCGAGAAAUACAUGAAAGCUCUUUUCGCCGAGGUCAAUCUCGAAACCAACAUGCGAGCGAUGGCCCUUAUCACUACCUGCCUCACUGGCCCAUUCGAUGUUGGAUACAAACUCCUCGGUACUGCUGGUGUGAUGGAGUCAAUGGUUGCUAUGACUUCUUCCGAAGAAGAAGAGGUGCAAAAAGCUGCGAUUGAAGCAAUCCUCAGUUGCAUCAACAAAGCGUCAAAUGUCACAUUCGUGGUUGAAAACGGUACGGCGCUACUCAAAGAGAUCUACAAAAACACCAAGAGCGACAGUAUUAAAGUCCGCGCGCUUGUUGGAUUGUGUAAGUUGGGCGCUUCGCACGGUACUGAUGUCUCCCGCCGAGUGUUCGCAGAGGGUUCCACUGUCAAGCUAGCCCGCCAGUGUCGAAAAUUCUUGGCGAAUGAAAAGAAAGAUCAGGACUUGCGAAAAUGGGCCAUUGAAGGUCUUUCCUAUCUUUCUUUGGACGCAGAUGUGAAGGAAGAAUUGGCUGAUGACACGAUUGCCCUUUCGGCGCUUUAUGACCUGUGUAAAUCAGUUGAUAAGAGUUGCACCUAUUCCGUCGUGAUGACUUUUGUCAACGUUGUCAAUGCGUAUGAUAAGAAAGAGGACCCAAUGGAGGAAAUGAAGCAGCUGGCUUCUUUUGCCAAGCACCACGUCCCGGAAGAGCAUCCCAAGGAUAAGCCUGAAUGUGCUGCAGAACGAGCCCACAAACUUCUCAAGCACGGUGCAUGUGCUGCUUUGGUCAAUCUUACCCUCCAAGAAACCGCUCUCCUCACAACUUCUAUCCGAGAACUGAUUGCUCGAUCCAUUCUGGCCAUGUCUCACCGAUCUGAUGAUCGUGGAAUGAUCAUUCAGCAGGGUGGUGUGAAAAUGUUGAUGGGAUUUGCUCGAGAAGGAUCUGUCGAGGGCAUGCGACAAGCUGCCCAAUGCGUUGCUCGAGUCGGCAUCCAGACAAAUCCUUCGCUGACUUUCCCGGGUCAACGAUCCUUGGAAAUUCCAAAACUGAUCAAGAUCUUGAUGCACAUCGACUGCUCUGCUAUUCAAAACUACGAAGCUAUGUGCUGCCUGACCAACUUGGCCUCGCUUGAUGAAGAGCAUCGACGAAGAAUUUUCAAAGAAAAGUACAUGCACGAAAUCGAGAGCUACAUGAUGGAAGAGCACUGGGAGCUUCGACAAGCAGCCACCGAGCUCAUGUGCAACAUGUGCCUGUAUUCCGAAACUGUCAAGUGGUUCGAGGAUGAGAAAUACGAUCGACUCAAGCUUAUGAACCUCCUUUGCGCGGAAGACAACGAAAAGACUCGACUCGCCGCUGCUGGUGCUUUGGCAAUCAUGUGCUCUGCUUCUGAAAAGAUUUGCAAGCGAAUUCGAAACUGCUGCAAAUCUUGGCUCCAGAACUUGAGCUACAUCGCGUUGGAUGAAAUGCACGAAAUCAAGCACCGAGCGAUGGUCGUCCUCAUUAACGUUAUUACACACGACAAAUUCGCUGCCGAAGAAAUCGUCAAAUCUGAAAUUUUCGAUAUUAUCACCGGAUACGCCUCGCAAAAAGCCCCUGCCACUCCUGUUGUUGUUGACCUUGCGCUGGAAAUUCUGCAGUUGCUCGUUACUGAGAAGUUUGUUGAAGAGACCGACAACCCCACCCCAAGACGUGGUGGUGUUUUCACUGGAACCGUCGACGAAGAAAUCGGAGAUGAUGACCAUGAUGAUGGCCUUUUAGCCUAA